GAGAAUCAUUUCCCAGGUGCAGCGUUGUGUUAUAUUCUAAGACACGAAAGUUAAGAUCAUUGCCAAACACAACAAUUGUCCGAGCGAGAUCUUUAAUUAAACUUCCUCGUUAGAGUGCUUGAACUUUGAUUCCCCCAAAAGUGGCUGUGCUUCUAUGCAUCGCGGAGAAUUUAUCUAUUUUUUCAUUUAUCACCUUCGUUUAUCGCACCUGAUAAGUGGCAAAUCACUCGUGAGCCCAUCCCAAAAUGACUUAAUCAUGAAAACCAAACGAGACUAGGCAAGAUGGCUGCGAGUAUGAUUUGGAAAUGUUGCCUAAAAAAUUCACGAGACAGAUAAAGUAUUCAUAGCAACAAAACGAUUGAGAGUUUUUUCCCCGUCAAUAAAAUAGUGGAAUUGACUGAAUAGUUACGGUGGCAAAAAAAUUAUUUCACAGUGACAUAAUUCCGAUUUAUUCAGCGAAGAGAGAAAACUAUAAUUCUGAUUUGAGUUGCAAGGAAUCAUGCUAGAGUAGGAAAUUCUUCUUCCAACAUCUUCCGCGUGCUAGAAUUUAUAUUAUCCUCAGACGCAAAGAAAACAAGUGAGAAUUGAACAGAAGCUUCCGGACCUAGAGGGCAUCAUCCAAAUCAGACAUGAUGGAGCCGGCUAGAAUUGAAGUUGACCAGCACGAAAUUAAGCAAUUCAUGGCAUCUGGAGCCAAUCUCAGUGAAUACGUCUCGGUUCCGCAAUUCUACACUGACCGAAGUGUCUUCAUCACGGGCGGAACCGGCUUUAUGGGAAAGGUCCUCGUGGAGAAACUGCUGCGAUCGUGUCCGGGAAUCAAGAACAUUUACCUGCUGAUCCGGCCAAAGCGCGGACAGGAAGUAAAGGCGCGUCUCAAUGAUUUGCUAGGCGCCCCCCUGUUCGACACUCUGCGCAGAGAGCGUCCGAAUGACCUCAACAAGGUAAUUCCCAUUUUCGGCGACAUCACGUCCGAACAGUUAGGCAUCUCGGAGAAUGAUCAGGCGCUGCUCUGCCGCACUGUGUCGGUGGUGUUCCACUCCGCCGCGACGGUGAAGUUCGACGAGAAGCUGAAGCUGUCCGUGGCCAUCAAUAUGCUGGGCACGAAGCGACUCGUGGAGCUGUGCCACCGGAUGAUGUCGCUGGACGCGCUGGUGCACGUCUCGACGGCGUACUGCAACUGUGACCGCGCCGAGGUGUCGGAAGUCAUCUACGCGCCGCCGUACAAUCCCAACGACAUCAUCUCGCUGGUCGAUUGGCUGCCCGAGGAGAUGCUGGACGCGCUCACGCCGUCGCUGAUCGGCCGGCGGCCCAACACGUACACCUUCACCAAAGCCCUGGCCGAGCACAUGCUGCUCAACGAGGCCGGCAACCUGCCCGUGGCCAUUGUCCGACCCUCCAUUGUUCUGUCCAGCCUCAAUGAGCCGCUGCCAGGAUGGCUGGACAACCUGAACGGACCUACUGGUUUAGUGUCGGCAGUGGGAAAGGGUGUUUUCAAGACAAUGAUGGGCAACGACAACAACGUAGCCGAUCUCAUUCCUGUGGACAUUGUCAUUAAUCUUAUGAUCGUCACCGCCUGGAGAACGGCCACGGUGAAGCCGAGCAGUCCGACCAUCUACAAUUGCUGCACUGGACUGCAGAAGCCCAUCACGUGGGGCCAAUUUGUGUCCAUGAGCAUUGACUUCAUGAGGAAGCAUCCGAUGGAGGGCGUUUUCUGGUAUCCGACGGGAACUUUGCGCUUGAAUAGACCUCUCAAUACUGCCCUGGCCUUCCUGAUUCACAUUAUUCCAGCACACUUCUUAGACUUGUUUUCGCGGGUGAUGGGAAAGAGGCCCAUAAUGGUGAAAAUUCAGGGAAAACUCAUUAAGGCUACCGAAUGCUUAACAUAUUUCACGACAAACCAGUGGCGAUUUAAGGAUGACAACGUGAGGGAACUUUUGAGCAAUUUGAGUGCAAAGGACAGGCUACUGUUCGACUUCGACGUGAGUCACAUUUCCUGGGAGCGCUACUUGGAAGGAUACGUUCUGGGCUUCCGGGAGUAUCUGUUCAAACAGAGCGCGGACACGCUGCCGAGUUGCCGAAGACACAUAUGGAGAUUAUAUUGGAUUCAUCAAAUAACAAAAGUACUAGCAAUAAUUUUUUUCUGGCGCUUCCUCAUGAAGAGAUCCAAAAAGCUGCGCGACGUAUGGACAAAAUUCCUUCAUUUGCUGGUUCAAAUGGCACGUCUUAUUCCAUUUUUGUAAAGAGAAGAAGCGGCUCUGCGCGUAAUAUAGUAUUUCCCUUUCCAUUUACUUAUCGGUUUGAAGUGAGGUAUUAUGUGUAGUUGAUAGGAAUGCUAUUGUAUUAUUUAGAGGACAAGAUUAAAUGGGAAUGCUUCUGGAAGGAACUGGACCAAAAAGCAAGGGAAGUACUCUAGCAAAAUCAAGAGAAAGUUCAUUCCUUGUUGGAUGUCGUGAACAAUUAUUUAUAUAUUUUAGAGCAAUAUCGAAAUUUAACUAAUUUACUGGAUGAAAUGCACUAGGAAUAUAUAAAGAAUUAGGAAACAAAAUAUUCAAUUUAUAGAUAGCCGACAAAAUAAUGAUCACAAUUAUGAGAAAUAUUAGUGAGAAAACAUAAUUUCGCUUCCGUAUUAUUCGUUAAGUGGUGAAAUGUGGCUGACGGAUGUAUUUCUGACGCAAAGGGUAAGAUCAAAAUAGGAGAAUCAGGAUUCAGAAAAAAGCGACAGAUCAUCAGAAUUAUUCCCCAUGUCACGAAUUAUUCCAAUAAACAUAGCGUUUUCGUUUUUUUCUGUGAUAUAUCUUUAUUUUAUUAAAAAGAAAAGUGCGUACUUAAUUUCAAGUGCAUAGAAAACUAACCAAUUUAUUUAAUUGACAAACUAGUGCUUUUGAUAAUUUAAUAGAUUGUCUAGAAUUUUCCAUGUGGCGGAAAAGAGAUUUUUAAUGCUCAAUCGAAGAUGAUGGAAUUAGGAAUGAAUAACAAAAGGAAAGAUAUGAAAUCUUGAAAGCAGAAGUAGUAAUUCAAAUUUGCGUCCACAUAAUGGCUAGAUCUAGAACAAGAAGAGUAAAAGAAAACUAGUAUUGGAGAGUUAAGUGUACAAAGAGGCGCAUAUGAUGCAGUUUUUCAUAUUUCUAGAUAAAGAAUAUAUAAAAAAUUAAAAAUAUAUGCUGAAUUUCACGAAAUGACAGUCAAUGCGUUAUUUGUAAUAAAGUGAAAUUCAACUGAGAACUCAUAUAAAAAUUAUUUAUUGGUUAUAACAUUAAGGCAAACACAAACAUCGACUAGAGCUUGCAAAGUCUGGGAAUAACAAGAUUUAGGUGGUGAAUUAAGGAAGCGGAAUAGUUCUUGCAAGCUGAUUUUUAGAACUAACGACAAGUUGACAACUUAAUAAAAUGAUGGUGAGUGAAGCACCAUGUUAGUAAGGCAAUUUGCCAAAAUAUGAUUAAUGAAAUUUUGGGAAUUCGAGAAAAAGCGUGAGAGAGCGCUGCUAUUUGAAAUUUUGAAAUUGGUGAGAAUUGCAGAAGGCCGCGCAUUUAUAAAGGUCGAUCCUGGCAUUAUAGGCUCAUAUGAAAUUUAGACAUAGAUUAUUACCUCUAUAAAUUUAUAAAAAUUUCAGCAGAUGAUUUAUGUAAUUGAUGCUUAACAAUGAGAUAGAAUUAUACAUGUAAAAAAUGUAAAUAUUAACACAUGACACUGUAUAAUUCUUCUAGGGAACCCUUCAAAUUAAUAUUGACAAUGCAAUUUAAUGAUCCCAACUACAAAUUACAUUACAAAGAAAAACGAACAUUUGAUAGGAAAGAAAAGUCAUGAACACGAAAAGUCGUUCUUUGAUUUCUAUUUUAAUUUCAUUAAGAGGUGAGAAAGGAAAACAUUGUAUGAAAAACUAACACUAGUUAAGAACCUUUAUGAUGGGAAGUAUAAAAUUUUAAAUGCUCAUAUGGGAUUGUUCUAAGAUGAAUGUUCAUUUGGUUCGUGCAUGUUCCAAAAAAAAGUGCGUAGCUUGAAAAAUUGCCAAAAAGUAGACUCAUCUUGCCAAGGAACUUUUCUUUCGUUAUAAACUCUUUUUUUGCCUUGCUUGAGUGGUGAAAAGAAAAUAAACCAAUUUAUGUAAGACAAGAAAACAUCCCAAAAUAUUUGGUUAUUGAAUUUGGCCGAAUAUUAAAUAAAAAAUGAAUAAUUUUUAUCCUUGUAAUCAUUUUAAGUGAAGCGUAAACUUGUAAUUGAGAGCGACAUAAG